CGGUCUGUGUCUCUGUGUGUGUGUCUCUGUGUGUGUUUGUGUCUCUCACUGAAACUUAAACAUAACUUUAUUUCCCGCGCUGGCUCCUCCUUCCUCUGACGUCACUUCCUGUGUUGAAGAUGGCCACAGAUCGAGGAAACAGUCGUUGUGUAAAUUAACGGAAACUUUGGAGGCGGCGGCUGGAGCUCAGUGUCCGGGAGAGAGCGACGCCUCCCCGGAAGAGAAGCCCCGUGUCCCCGCUGUCUGCACCAGAUCCCAGUGGGCCGUGCAGUGGUCCUCUCAUCAUUAUGGUUCCACCAUGAACCAGCAGCCUCUGGAUCUCUGGUUCUGCGAGGAGUGUCAGGACCACUUCCUGGACGAGUGUCCGUCACACGGCCCCCCCCUGUUUGUCCCUGACACGCCCGCCAUCCCGGGACUGGCCAACAGGGCGGCUCUCACGGUCCCAGGAGGUCUGCAGGUCUUCUCAGAGGGAAGUCAGGUGGAUGUUCGCUGUGCGGACGCAACCAUCCCCAAGGGGGCGGUGUUCGGUCCGUAUGAGGGACAGCUGGUGUCUCAAGACAAAUCGUCCAGCCUCUUCUCCUGGAUCGUUGUUGAUGUGAACAACACGUGUCAGUCCAUCGAUGGCAGUGAUGACACCAGAGCAAACUGGAUGAGGUUCGUCCGGACCUCGUCUGAGGAGCGCGACAGGAACCUGACGGCGUUCCAACACUGUGAGAGCAUCUACUUCAGAGCGAGUCGGAGGCUGGAGGCCGGAGACAAGCUGAGGGUCUGGUACAGCGACGACUACGUCCAGCGGCUUCACUGUGUCCUUCAGAGGAGCAUCAACUGCAACCUGGACUCAGAAACCAGGAAGCCGGAGGUCCUGCCCAAGGUGCAGAGAGACCACCUGCAGUCAGCGGUGCAGGGCAAAGCCUGCCCCAGUCAACAACCCAGUGACGAGUCCGACAGUCAGCCUCCUGCCAAGAGGAAGAGGAUAGACCUCAUCUUCAAAGAUGUCCUCGAAGCUUCUCUGGUGGACCCCAGCAAGUCCAAGUCCCAGUCGCCCCUCCACAGUGAGUGCAAAGUGCCAUCCCUCUGGUGGGGCUCGAACUCGACUGAGAGCGGCUCCAACGUCCUGAGCCUGAAGGCAGAGGAGAAGGAGGAGCAGAACCAGGAGGCCUCCACCUCCUUCUGCCUCAACUGUGUCAAGCUGAAGAGGAGGAUCCUGGAGCUGGAGGAGGAGCUCUCCCGUGUCAGAGGAGAACAGGUAGGCGUGGUCGGGCCGUCGGUGUCCGGGCAGAGCCAUCACCAUCAGGUCCCCCCCCACCCUGAGCAAGGACCCAUCGAAGACUUUCAAGGGAUGGACCCCUUGACCCCCACCCGGGUGGUUCUGGACGAAGACGACCAGGACGUGGACUCGGCUGACGAGUCGAUUGCUGCAGAUCUUGUGAUUGUUGCAGAGGACUCUUCCAAGCUCUCCUCUGGAGGAGGCCGACGGAUUCGUCGCUUCAAGCAGGAGUGGCUAAAAAAGUUCUGGUUCCUUCGCUACUCACCGACCCUGAAUGAGAUGUGGUGCCACGUCUGCCGCCAGUACAACGUCCAGUCAUCCCGAACAUCCGCCUUCAUCAUUGGCUCGAAACAGUUCAAAAUCCACACAAUCAAGCUCCACAGCCAGAGCAACCUUCACAAGAAGUGUCUGCAGCUGUACAAGCUGCGCAUGCACCCGGAGAAGACGGAGGAGAUGUGCAGGAACAUGCUGCUGCUGUUCAACGCAGCCUACCACCUGGCCCUGGAGGGACGGCCCUUCUCAGACCUCCGUCCACUGGCGGAGCUGCUGAAGAAGUGUGAGCUCAAAGUGGUGGAUCAGUACAUGAAUGAAGGAGACUGUCAGAUCCUGAUCCACCACAUCUCCCGGGCUUUAAAAGAAGACCUGGCUGAGAAGAUGCGCCUGUCUCCCUUUCUGAGCAUCAUAAUGGAUGCCCAGAAUGACGACCUUUUCUCAGACAUGGUAGCAGUCUAUGUGCAGUUCAUAACCAAUGAGGGCUCACCCAACACUGAGUUCCUGUCCUUGCAGAGACUGAGCGUGGCCAGUGUGGACGGAUAUCUCCAGGCCAUAGAACGAGCCUUCGGCGUUCUGGGACUCAGGUUUCAGGACUCGAUGGUUGUGGGUCUCGGGGUGGACGGUACUAACAUCUCUUCAGGAAUGAGAGCCAAUCUGUACAUAGCUGUGCAAAAGUCUUUUCCCUGGAUCCUCUGUCUACCCAUCAUGAUCCACCGGCCUCAUCUUGAGGUGCUGGACGCUAUCAGUGGGAAGGAGCUCUCCUGUCUCGAGGACCUGGAAAACAACCUUAAGCAACUCCUCAGUUUCUACCGCUACUCCCCUCGUAUGAUGGCCGAGCUACGGUCCACUGCUCCGACUCUGUCAGAGGAGACGGAGUUCCUUGGAGACAUCAGAGCCAUUCGAUGGAUCAUUGGAGAACCAAAUGUCCUUAAUGCACUCAUCAAAGAUUACUUGGAGGUAGUUGCCCAUCUGAAGGAGAUCAGCAGCCAGACCCAGAGAGCUGAUGCUGCAGCCAUCGCUCUCACUCUCCUCCAGUUCCUCAUGGACUAUCAAUCAGUAAAGCUCAUCUACUUCCUCCUGGACAUCAUAGGGGUUCUUUCACGGUUAGCCUUCAUCUUCCAGGGAGAGUACCAGCUGGUGUCACAGGUGGAAGCCAAAGUCAAGGAGGCCAUUCAGGAGAUAGGCCAGUUGGUGGACUGCCCUGGAGAGUAUCUGCAGGAGUUUGAGGAAAACUUCCGUGAAAGUUUCAACGGCGUGGCUCUAAAGAAUCUGCGUGUUGCUGAGUCCAAGUUCCAGUCGAUCCGAGAAAAGAUUUGCAACAAGAGCCAAGGCAUCCUCUCCCAGAGGCUGGAUCUGCAAAGCCGCUCAUUUGCCAAAGCCUGUAAGGUCCUGGACCUGUCCACCUGGCCUCACAACCGGGAGGACCUUCAAGCCUACGGGCAGCAGGAAAUCCAGCUGAUAUUCAAACAUCUGGAGUCCAUUCCUUCUGUAGGUCAAGAGAGCUCCCGGGCCAGGACAGAGUUCAGAGGCUCCCUGGUGGUGGAAUGGAAUGAUCUGAAAGCAGACUACUACAGCGUGAACGGCUUCAAAGAAGUCAUCAGUCACAUCUGCAGGUACAAGCAGCGUUUUCCUCUGCUGAACCGGAUUGUGCAGGUGGUCAGGGUGCUGCCAAGUUCCACGGCCUGCUGCGAUAAAGGACGAGGUUCUCUACAGAAGAUGUGCAAGAACAACCGCUCCCGGCUGACCCUGGAGCAGAUGAACGACCUUCUGACCGUGGCCGUUAACGGACCGUCCAUCCACAGCUUCGAUGGGAAGCGAGCGUUGGACAGCUGGUUCGAGGAGAAGUCUGGCAACAGUUACUCUCGGUCAACGGAGGCGUUGAGCAGGAUGUCAACUGCUGACCAGAAGUCUGUUUUGCAUAGUGUCGACGUCAACACAGAGUUUUACCCAGACAUCUAGCAGGCCCCCCCAGGGGCGUUCGCUGAGCUAGUGGAAGCUGAUCUUGAGUUUAGAAUUGGGAAUCAUCAGACGAGGAAUUAGCCGCUGGAUAGAUAUGAGACCUUGUCUCCCUCUGCUCUGUCUUUUAUCACGAGUCGAACGUUUAUCCAUAUGAAACGCAAGAUUUUAUGAUAAUAUUGAUAUAUUUUUAUAUCAAUUAAUAGCUAUAUAAAGUAGAUGAAUUAAAAAGUCAGUAAUCGAUUUAUUUCAGACUGUGUUCCAUCUCCUUUGCUCUCCACAUGUGUGUUGAUACCUGAGGGCAACCAAUGUCUGCUCAAACCUGAUUGGUCGAGCUGGAAACAGGAACCAGAAGCUUCUGGUCCCUGGACACAGAUUCUGCUUCACCUGUAGAGAAAAGAGAAAUAACUGCACCGUGGUUGUACAGAUUCAGUCAUCAUAUAUUUCUCCCCAGAUUAUUAUAAAGUCACUGUGACCUUUGACCUCUGUAACGAAUCAGUUUACCUUUUCUACCUAUCUUGAGUUCUUGAAAUAUCAUGUUCACAAUAAUGGGACGGACGAAAACAUGAAGACGUAAAGCUUUCGGCCACUGGGUGUCGCCGGUGAGGAGAAGUUCCCCGGUGAGUCCGACCCACACGAGUUAGAUACUGAAGUCAGUUUCACAUGAGGAACAAUCCAACGAGUGUCUCCAUUAGAAAUGCACAGCCCUGCUUCACCCUGAACAAACUGUAUGAACUGUAUAGACUAUUUUUCUCUUGAAUUGAGGAUUGUGACAUUUUGACUGAAUUCAAGAACUGAAGAAAAAGGUGCUGACCUGCUCGGCCACAAUCUCAUCACUGAAUCUGUUCAUCACUGCGGCACAUGUUGGAUCUCACUGAUGCAUCUUCUUUGUUUGACCAAAGCUCGGUUUCCAAACGUUUCAUAAAACUGCAUGAAGAUGUUCAAGUGUUGCUUUAGCACUUAAGUUGUAUACGUAGGUAUUAUUAAAGCUAGACAGACGGUUAGUGACAGACAGGGUGAACGCAGGCAGACGGUAAAAGUUGUGUGUCUAUGAUUUUAUGGAUAUUUUGUGCAUGUGUGUGUUGUUUGUACGUGGUUGCUAAUGUUGGGAGGAGCUGUGUGAGUUUCUCUUCAUGACACCGGGGCUGAUUGUAACCUGACUCCAGAGCUGCUGCCAGUUUGGUUUAUGCUGAACCAAAAACAAACUUAUUUCUCUGCUCAUUGUUUUUUUCUAUUCUGCUUCUGAUGCAUUUUACAGAUUAAAAUACAUUUUAUCUGAG